ACCAAUUCCUUGGGGUUGCUGCGAUACUCCACCGCUCGGCAGCUUGUAUUUCGCGUGUACUCGCGAUCCUGUUCGGUGUGUGCGUUUGCUUCUGCGGCGGUGCUGUCUCUCUGCCGAUGACAGCGAAAUUCCUUUCCUUCACUCGGUCUCAAUUUCGCACAUAAAAUGGCCAUCGGUGAAGAUUGAUUCGGUUCGUUGGUUCGCGCUGAGUUUUGCUGGUGCCGUUGUGGAUUGUUCGCUGGCGGCGUCGAUCGUCCGUCCGGGGGCAGCGGAAUUUAUCGGUUCCGGUUGUUUGGAAGUGCGAAAAAACGCGAGUUAAAAUUUGUGUGCGGCGGGUGCCGCAAGGCGAAAAAAAGAGAUUUUGAUUUACCGUGACGGAAGGAAUCGCGUGCAAAAAAAAAAAGGAACAUAAAUAGGAAGAAGUUGAGCACUAUUCCAGUUCCAGUGACGUAUUUUUCUGGUGUGUGAGCCAGGAAGCGGUUUGCGAAAAUUAGGGAAACGAUUCCGGACCACGGUCCUGUGCAACCCAUCUCGCUUCCAAAGGAACGGAAUUUGGACAAUUUGUUUGUGACAGCUUAAGAAUCUGUCACGUCGCGUACUUGUGUUUUGAAUGUCAUACGUAAUAGCGAAAAUAUUUUCGUAGUAGUUUAUGCUGAUAAAUAUAUUCUUGCGCUACACAAAGCAAGCGUUAUUUCGGAAAAUAACAAAAUAAUCAAUCCAUCAAAGUUACUGUGUUUGUUUUGAUCGUCAAGUGUGUGAGCUGUUUUAUUUCCUACGCUGCAAAUGCCAACAUCGAAAUAGUGAUUGACUUGCUCACGAAGCCGAAGCGAUUAAUGAUGCAAUGCUAUUUGUUCAAGUCCCUAAGAAGGUGUGUGAUUGUGUAAAGAUUGUGAAUCUUGAAAUUUGGUUCUGUGGAUAAUGUUCUGCUCCCGAUUAUCGCUGAAAUGAUUCACUUAUUCGAAGGAAGAAUGUUAGAGGCGGUCGGUUCCAAAACAAUGAGCAGCAGUGGCAGCAAGUGUUUCGCCAGUAAUUGGAACUGCUUGCGAUGGGCUGUGAUCGGGCUGCUGGUGCUAACGACCGCUGCCGGAUUCAGCGGAAAACAUGCGGCAAAUGCAUCGAGGAUUCUACGGCACAGCAAUAGCAAGCGCAGCAGUAGUCCCAAUGACUAUCACGAUUCGGCGACGGCGUCGUUAUUCAAAGAGCAGCAGCAUCAGAUUAAUGGGAAGUAUUCAAACUCGAACGAGAAUGGUGGAGUGCCGUCAGCCGGAAGCGAUGACAGCAUUGGUCCCGGAGUGGAACCUGGAGUGGCGGCGGCGGCAGCGAUCUCAUCAGCGCCGUCAUCGCUGUCGCAUAAUUCGCCGCAAACAUUGACGCUGACGGCGGAUAAAAAUAAAACAAAAUUAUUAAAAUGUCACUGUGAUAUUUGCAAGGAUCAGAACUAUGUGUGCGAAACAGAUGGACUCUGUUUCACGUCGCUGUCGUACGAGCAAGGCGCCUACAAGUACCAGUACAGAUGCAUUGAGCGACGCAUCCUCACUCCUCCGGAGAAUCCGAUCUGGUGCCGGGAGAAAUACGCUGAGUCCGCUGGUGGAGGAGACGGUGGGAGCCACGGGUUUCACACGAUGGGCUGUUGCGAUACCAACUUUUGUAACUCUAUGCUGUACUUUGGCGCCACACUGAACGGAAUGCAACCCCACGAGGUGAAGGAACUGGACAGUGUUCUGUUGAUCCUGCUGGCCGUCGGAGGCGUGGUGACUUUCGCGGCCUGUGCCAGUCUGAUGUUUAUAAUGCUGCGGCGAAGGAAGCGCAACAGCGGAGCCCGACAGAUUCUGCCCGAGGACUCGGUGUGCGGUGCGAGCUAUCCCAUCCUCAACGGACACACGACCAUUCAGGACUUCAUCGAGAUGACCACUUCCGGAUCGGGAUCGGCCGGUCUGCCAUUGCUGGUGCAGAGAUCGAUCGCCCGUCAAAUUCAGCUGGUGGAGGUCAUCGGAAAAGGACGUUUCGGCGAGGUUUGGCGGGGCAAGUGGCGCGGUGAACAUGUCGCCGUGAAAAUCUUUUCCAGCCGGGAAGAGUGUUCCUGGUUCCGGGAGGCGGAAAUCUACCAGACGAUUAUGUUGCGCCACGAGAACAUUCUCGGCUUCAUUGCCGCUGAUAACAAAGAUAACGGCACCUGGACCCAACUCUGGCUCAUAACGGACUACCACGAGAACGGAUCAUUGUUCGAUUUCCUGACGUCACGCUGUAUCGACACGAAGACGAUGGUUGAAAUGGCCUAUUCCAUCGCCACCGGGCUGGCCCAUCUGCACAUGGACAUUGUAGGAACCCGGGGUAAGCCAGCGAUUGCCCACCGAGAUCUCAAAUCGAAGAACAUUCUCGUCAAAUCGAACCUCACUUGCUGUAUCGGAGAUCUGGGCCUGGCGGUACGACACAAUGUGGCCACCGACACGGUCGACAUUCCGUCGACCCAUCGGGUCGGAACGAAGCGCUAUAUGGCUCCGGAGGUUCUAGACGAAACGAUCAAUGUAAAUCAGUUCGAUUCGUUCAAGCGCGCCGAUGUGUACGCCUUCGGACUGGUUCUGUGGGAGAUCGCACGACGAUGUAACAUUGGUGGAAUCUACGACGAGUACCAAUUGCCUUUCUACGAUGUGGUGCAACCAGAUCCAACCAUCGAGGAGAUGAGGAAGGUUGUUUGUACGGAUCGGCAGAGGCCGAGCAUACCGAACCGGUGGAUCGCUUCCGACACGUUGCACUCGAUUUCGAAGGUAAUGAAAGAAUGCUGGUACCAGAAUCCGGCCGCACGUCUCACCGCACUCAGGAUUAAGAAAACACUCGCCAACAUUCGCUAGAAGCGGGCUGCUAACGGAGGCGAACCGGGUCCUUCGUGGGUAUAACAAAGCCCUAGCUCUGCACAGCGCGGGGCUAGACAGAAGUGAUGAAAAGAAAGAAAGAAACAAAAAAUGUGAAAAACAUAAACUCUCGAUUUAGGAAUUAACACACUUUUUAGCUGGUAAGAAUGAUAACAUUUAAGGACAAACAAAAGUGUAAUAAGUCGGUGGUUACUCGUUUGGGAUAAAGUUUACAAGCUAUUGUGAAUGUAGAAGUGAAAACAAAAAUCUUUUAUAUAUAAAAGAAAACAAUUUGUGUAGAGGAGGUUAGGAAGAGAUGUAUAUUACGUUUAAAAAAAAACAAUGAUAAUACACCAAGUCAAACGUUGGUGAGUUGACCUUACGUACUAUCAUUUGCGUUGUAUUGAUCGGUUGAUAAAUAUGUUGAAUGUUUGAUUUUAUUGUCAGGCUAGUUUCGAGACAGAUACAUAUUAAUAUAUUGUUAUUUAUUAGUUUACUUUAUUUAUCAUACGUAUUUCUUCGUUUAGGAGCAACAUCCACACAUACACACCACACACACAGACAGACAAACACACGUACAGAUGCAACGUGAGAACAAAGAUGACGAUUAAGUUGUUAUUGUGUCCCAUUUUUAACAUAUCCCUUUCCUCAAAGAAAGUUGAAAUUAAGAGUAAAACACAAAAAACCGUACCUCCAUUUACAGAUGAGCAAAGUAAACGUUUAAUCCUCAGAAAAAGCAGAAGAGAAGAAGAAGUGUUGGACGCUGUCAGACUCGUUACUCACAAUUUUACACAAACAGACUUUGAUAAUGAGAAUAAACAGAUUGACUUCCAUUUAGAGACUGUUGAGAUGAAAAAAAAACUGUUAGAUUAUGAAAUAUUUUUACUAACUGGUAGCGGUAUUCAGUUGUGGCAGAUUUUCUUUCAGUUAUAUCUAAGUUUUAGACGCAUAAUUUAGAGAACCAUUAACGAUUGUUCAAACGAUGGAAUUGGAGAAAAUUGCAAUGUCUCAGUGUUUGACUUCCACACUCUCAUUUAGAUCACUUUGAAAAACAUAGCCUGCCACACACACACACAAUACCGUUACCGCGCAAUAGAUACCUUCAACCAAGGAAACCAUUCUAAAAUCCUCAAUAACUAACUAUAAACCUCCCCAUAUUCCUAUCUCUUCAUUCCUAGUUUUGGUAGUUUAUCAACACUCGUUUCAAUCGUAUUAUUUUUCACCUGUUCAAAGUAGAAACCAUGUAGAUAUACGAGUAUAAUUACGAACAAACAAAACUCCAGAAAGAUAAACAAAACAAAACAAGUAACUCUCAGGCAUAUGUGGGCAAAAUGUAAUUUUCCCCGCCCUUCCAUCCUCCAUCUACUAUGUUUUCUUCUCGAUUUACACACGCCAUGUUAGAAUGUUCAUACUGAAUGAUACACGAAUAAUAGGCUUCCCCAAAAAAAAAACCCGACAAAAACGUGUUUAGGAUGUUUGGUAGGGCGAGAUCAAAUUUGGGCGACCAGUGUAACAGAAACGAAGAACCGAUAAAUGUGUUUUUUUUUUUUUUGCAGAAGAAGAUGAAGUUUGUUUGAAAAAAAAAACAUAUAGCGUAGGAAAAUUCAAUUGAAAAUGAAGCUUCGGAGAUCUUCAGUUUGGGAAAGCACUAGAGACAACAUAAAAAUUUAUCGUUUAUUUAGCUGGUUCUAAAUAUCAUUAACGUUUCGGUUCAGUCGAAUCUUUUUCUUUUUUUUCGGACACCGAUCCACACACAUACAUAUAAAACAAUCAUCCAAAAUGUCAAUACAACUGGAGAGAUACUACAAUGUGCGGGCGCUCGCUCUGGAUCGUCAAACUGAAGAACUUCGGAGUACGUAUUUGAAAUUGAUGUUUUGUUUUGCUGGAGGACAGUUAAAGUCUGUAAUUACCAGGCUUGGAACCGAUGUAUACCACAUUUCACAAAUGAAGAAAGAUUUUUGUUAGAGGCCGUAAAAAGGAUAUGAAAUGUUCGAGAGAAAAUGAAUAGUGAUGCGGCAUGAGAGGAUGCUUUUAAUAAUAUGCAUAGAAUUUUAUUCUAAAGAAUCAAGACAAAGGGUGGGAGAGAUGGUGACACCCGCGGUGAGAAACAAUUGACCAAGUAAUUUCGUUUUAAUUUUUUCCUCAUUUCUAUUGAAAACUUCAAAUCAUUUCUAAUCAUGAUCAUGAUUGAAUUUAGAUACAGUAGUGAUAAUUAUUAUUUAUCUGGUUUAAAGCAAUAGUAAUUUUAUUUACAGGGAUUUUUUUUGUCAAUUCUUAAAUACUUGACGUGAGAAUCAAUUGUCCUCUGCGUCAUUCAUUCCUCUACAUUUCAGUGCCCUCAGAAGAAUUUAAUAGUGAAUGCAGUGAGGAAAAAUUUCAAGCAAAACCUUCGCCUCACACGAAGACAACACCUUGGAGGCAUAAAUAGCAUAUUUGACUCCUAUCAUCAAUCGGAAUCCGAUUCAGUAGAAUGGUUCGAUAAUCAAUCGGCGAUGGAGAACUGAUGGUAUAAACUCUAGACAACAUAUCGGCAGUCAUGUUGUGCCUCCCACUGACGUGUUUUAUGUCCGUUGUAAAAUGAAAAAUAUAUUGCAACAUUUUCUCUCUUCGUGAUGUAGGCUGUGAGGUGUAUACAGGACAUCAUCAGUAUCCUUUCCCCCUAAGUAGUUGCUAUACGAUGUAGUUGAAAACAUUUUUGAAGGCAAUGUUGGUUGACAUCAUUUGUGUUGCCGCCCAGUCUCUUCGGCAGAACACGAAAGGUAAGCCGUAUCGGUUCAUCGCCUCUCUGUGCAAAGUUAUUGUUGUGAAAUACUCUACCGAAUACUCCUCAAGAAAAAUACCAUAUUCACAUAGACUACAAGCAGAAUUCGAAGUCAUGGCAUGUUUAAAUGGAUUAUGAUCAAACAUUGACAAAAUUUUUAAUGCGUUUGGAAAUCGAUCCGACGUUCCAUGACGGAUCGCUUGGCAAUUUGGCCGCAAAGGCAGAUUAGAUGGAGUGAUCUUCCAGCUCACACGUAGUAGCAACUAAGACGCAAGCAACAUCACCGACACAGGAGAAUCUCGGUGAACAAAUCGUUCACUUCGCAACAGAACUACUGAAAGAGGUAAGAAACUAACAUGUUAUAUAUAAAAUUGCACAGAAUUAAUCUUCUUCCAAACUCAUCGCAAUCAAAUAAUCUUUUAUGACUAUAAUAUUGUAAUUUAUGGAAAGAACUACAAACCUUCCAUAAACUCACAUUGCAAAAUUUAAAACCAUCAUCACUUUCACCGCAGCGCCGCCUAGGUGUAGAUUUGUACGUUAGAUCGCAAAUUGACGAAUUUACGUUGGAUUUACAACCAGACGGCGCAGCGAGUAAAAUGAGGAUGUUUUGUUUUUUUGGUAUGAAAUUCGUUCAAAUUUUCUAGAAAAAUCAGAAUUUAUCUUCAAAUUUCCCGGUUUCAUGUAUUCUUUCCACGCUGAAAAGGUUAGAAAAUCAUCAUUUUACAAUGUGCUAUGUGUAAUAGCUUGUUAUAAGAGGAAUGGCUUGUUAUCAGUAUUGUAACUUUAUUUUUGUUCAACUAAGUAAACGAUGAAUAGGGUGUUUUGCGCUAAAAAUACUACAAAUCCUUCUCGUAUCGGCCCCUACAUAACCAAUGAAAUCAGCCAAUUUGAUAUGAUAUCGAUUUCAUCGCAAUUAUCCAUAGUAUCAAUAACCGGUAUGCAUUAUCAAACUUAAUAUUUUCGAAGAUUAUCUAUGACUUUGGUCAAAUCGCGUGUUGAAACCAUCGUAAAUAUACAAAACCCUAACUUUCUUACCAUAUACUGAUGACAUUCAAUGGCUGAAAUGAAUCUACAUUGAAAUAAAAUGAAUGAUCACCACCGAAUAUUGCUUUACAGUGCGUAAAAUAAACAAACACCCUCACUUUUGUGGUUCUGAGCUCUAAUGUAGAUGUCGCAUGAGCUGAUUCAGCUUUGCGUAAAUUCGUCAAUAGUCUGAGUUGCUUAUAUUCGCGAUGACAAAUGUACAGUGUCAACGUCUGGUGGUGAUAUUAUUAUUUCAAUUAAAUUAAAAUUUUUAAAUUUUUAUUUUAAAGCAUGUUUAUUCCACCUGAAAAUCCAUAGAUAUGUUCGCCUCCCAAUGCAAGCACACGAAGCUUAAUGCCGUCUACGCGAAUAUACUCUUCAAAAUCAGAAUCCGAAUUGGAUUACGAUUCCAAUAAUGCAAAAGCAAAGGCGGCAGGUUUUCCAUUUUCAUAGUCUUUAUUUUUAUAGCGAAUUCGUUUUUGUUCAGUUUCAACCCCAGUGCCGCACUAACUGCUGUCAAAAAGUUAGUUUAUUCACUCAGUGUCGCACUAGUUCGCCCCAAAAGCUGUUGAACCUAGUGCGAAACUAGGUUGAAACUGAGUGAAUAAAAAGAAUUCGCUAUAAGAUCAUUUCAAAAUGUAUAAGCUUUAUCAAUGAAAAACGCAAAACAAAUUUACAUGUCAAUAAUUGGCAACCUCGGCUAAUAACCUGGAAAAUUCGUGUUGGAAUACUAUUUACCAAAUUCUGCUGAACGGAUUUUUCGAUAUUUUUCCGAAAUUGAGACCUUGAGCUCUUCAAUCGUAGUGUACCGUUUUCCCUCAGUGUAGAUUCUGCGUACAAGGAUCCCUCCAUGAUUCUCAACAGGAUUCAAGUCUGGAGAACGAUCCCAAAAAAUAGGUUUUUGAUCCUUAAUCCAUUGCUUAGUUUCCUUGCAGCAUUGUUUUGCUGGAAUGAGAACUUGUUGUGACCAUAUCCACGAAAAAAACUCCAGGACAUGUAUGUAUUCCUUGAAUGAUGUGAAAGCUAUCUUGAGCUUUCCGGUUCCACAGAAUUCAGCCCAAACCAUGCACGAGCCUCCACCAGAAUUCCUGGUUGAAAAAUACUGUUCCUUCUUCCGUAAAUCACGCCAGUACCCGUUGAAACCAUCAGGACCAUCCUAAUAGAACUUUUUUUUUUCGUCAGUGAAGAUAACCUAUACAUUGAGGAACUUUUCGUUAUGGUAUAUAGCAAAAUGGAUUUUUUGGAAACAUUCUUUGUCAUAACAUACCAUGUCCCGCUGUCGGUUCAUGUGAGGUUUGGCAAAAUUCAGACGUCUUCCGAUGUAAGAUGGUGUAAGAUGAGGAGCUUUAACCUUUUAACCCCUAUUUAUGGGAGGAUUUUUUACCAAAACUUAACGAAUUGCCACCCGGGUAACUUUGAACUUGAAAUAUUGCUUUAUUUGCAUAAGCGAUUUUGAGGUAUUCGAAGCUGUUCUAGCUUUUUUCCGCUUAUUCUGGUCAGAGAGCUUUGAUUUACGUGGAGCUCUCUCCUACUUACCGUAUCCUUGAUGAUUCGUGAAAUAAUUGAGCACUACUUGAUGGGAUCGUCAAAUCCGACGAGAAAUUUCUCUGAUGCCAACAUUCUUUGUGUGGACACCGACUGGACAACGUCGUUGCUGGACGGGCUGGACGGCGAGGGAUCGAGUGCCUUUCUCAAGGCAAGAGGGCGGAGGUGGUAGCGCUGGAGUAGAAUAGAGUAGAGUUUUCAAAGGGCCUUUCUCAAGGCUAGAGACGAAUGAACUGCAAAAGUUUAAAGUCUCUAUAAUACAAUACCUUCCUUCCUUCCUUCUGAUGCCAACAUUUUCUUGGUGAAAUGCAUCGAUUUGCCUUUCUUUUCUCUGCGUGAGCACUUUUCCCUUUGGCAUUUUCCAGAUUUAUUGAUCAAAAUAACUAAAACAACGGAAAAGGGUAACUGGUCUUAUAGAAAUUUGACACUUGAAAAAUACAAAACCUUUGGUUUACGCUCAGCGCUUGCAGGCACAAAUAUGAAAAUCAUGCAGUGUAUGGCAGUCACUAAUACCUACAAACUAGAAUAUAAAUUGUAGCAGUGUUUGUUUACAAUGACACAAAUCAGUAAAAUCAUACCCUGGUCUUAUAGAAGUUCGACAGAGUGUAUAUUACCCGCAUCGAAGAAAAUGUUGUACUUUUCGGUCUGUUAUAAUUUCAGUAAAAAAAAACAUUGAAAAACACUUUUUUUUAAAUAUCUGCCCAAUUAGGUAGAGAAACAGUAUAUUGAAUUGCAAGAAACCGCAUCAAAGGUUUGGGAAACAUGAGUUUCCAAAGAUAUAAUUGACGUUCUUCUUAACAUGUCCGUUUUACCCCCACCUCGCCUAUGUUUUUUUAGCGUGUUAUUUGGCUAAUAAAAAAGUGACGCAAGAAAUACUACAUUGAGACGGCGAAGUUCCUUUAGGAGCGUUAGUGCCAUUCAAGAAGAAGAUGUGCAGCUGAACUGUAUACUUGUGAAAGCAGAUUGCUUUGGGCUGAAUGGAUGAAUAUAACGAAAAUAAUUGGAGAAAAAUAAAAAAGAUAACGAUAUUAUCAUUCAUAAGAAAAAUGCACGAAAACGUGGCUUAUUUUGUUAAUGUAUGCUUAAUACUGAAUUUAAAAUUAAGAUUUGAUUUUUGGGAAAAUUUCAAAUUUUUUUUUAUUAUUUUUUUUUCAAUUCAUGUGUAAUAUUUACAUACUUUCUGUUUAUCAGAAAAAUAAUCCCAGGAUAACCAUUACCUGGGAUUUUUUCUCUAGUUGAACUAUUAUUCAAUAUGACAUUUAAUGGAUUCAAGGUUGAAUCCCAACAGAAAAUAUUAAAAACUACGCGAACUAGUAAUUAUUACAUACAGCAUUGUCCGGUUAAAAACAUAUUUUUACACACAGUUUGCAAUUUUCAAAGAAGACGCUCUUUUUCUUUUCCCAGUAAUUAACAAAAAAUGAUACAAAUACAAAUUAGAAAUUGUCCUAUCUAAUCUAACGAUAUCAAUGCCAGGACAUGAAUAACUGUGAUGCUUCCUAUGAAUAUUAGGUUUCAGCUAACGUUCAAUGUUGAAAAACAGUUCAAAUGAACUGGUUCACUGGUUAACGGUUAACGACUGAGCCGUUCCUCAAAGUGAACUGCUUUUCCUAUCUCCACUCCAUGGUCAGGGUUCCUUAUUCGUUCUCACAUGUUUUUCCGUGAUGGACAAGGUGAGUCGAUGUAUAUUAAAAAUUAUUGUACAUUUACCGAUGGUAAACACUUAUCAGAAUCAAAGGAGAGGAGGUGACUUUGAAAAUGGUGACACUCCAUUAUCCCCAAAGUUUCGUUUCGGAUAUCUUAUCAAAAAGUACUAACGGUUUUAUUUAGUCCGCUACACUUCAUAGCAAUCGACUUGUCCAUUCCCCUUUCCCUUCCCUAAAAAAUAAACAGAGAGUUGGGAUCGGUUCACUACAGAAUCCACACAAAUUUCAAAAGGGAACACUCGCGGUCACAAGAUAUCUAAUCUGCAUCAUCUGGCUAUAUAAUUAUUACGAGCCUCCACUGGCAAUGUUUCAGGCAAGGUCAAUAUCGCCGACGCAAGCUGGCUAUUUAAUCUCGAGUUUAAAAAUUCACUGUAAGAAGAUGGUUUCUUCCCGUAUUCAGCUAAAUUAAAUAAACUAAAGAAAAAAGGCGACCGAUCGAGUCAUAUUUCUGUUGGGACAGAAGGAUUUUUAUGUACAUUUAUGAAUACAAGAAAACCAGAGAAUGUCAAAUGUUUGAAGUUCCAAUCAGUUCAUAUAACAAAUGGUUUUUCUAGAGCCACCAUGUGGGGGAUAUUGAAUGAGUUAAAUUUACGAAUUUCAGAACAGUUAGAAAAUCUCCUCAAAGUCCUACGUCAAGUUUCCGUCCGUGCCUCUAGGCUCAGACCCUCCUACUUUUUCUGAGCGGUUGUUUCUGUUGCAGAUGUUUUCUGGGGCGAUUUAUUCAGGCGCGUCCACAUUAUGCCGAAUGAUGCCGAUCGGCCAGUACCAGGCGGCAUAUUCGUUGUGUAUGUGUGUGUGUGGAAACGGAUUGGGGGUACCUUCUAUUGCUCAAUCAAGCUCUUCUUGCGUUUGGCACGGAUCCUCACCGAGCAAUAACAUCAAUUCAGUGUUCCAUUCCAUUCAUGUGCCUUUCGUGUGGUUUCAUGGAAUUGAAGCUUGUAUGUACUAACGCUCUUCAUCGCCCUUUCUGAUUUUUUAAAUCUCUAUGAAUCAUCUAUGAAAAUGCACUACUGUAUCCAAAGAAUUUUCAUAUAUUGUUAGAAUUUUACUUAGUUCCUCAAAAAAAAAAAAACUUAAGCGUUUACAAAGAGAGAAAAAUCCAGGUAACGGGUGUCACCGAUUGUGAAACGCGAAGCAAAAUUCUCUAUUUAUAGAAUUACUACAAUAAACAGAACACAUUCUUAACUCCAGGCCCUCCCUCCUCUCUCAUUCGUACAUCGUAUAUUAUAUUCAGCUAAUUGAGUAACACUUAUCAUCAAGUAUAGCGUACGCAUUUUUAUAAUUAUUAUGAGUACACUUAGUAACCUAACACAACUCCUACUAGGCAUAGUAAACAGCCAGGACAAAUCGCAAAAAAAAAGGAAAUGCGAUAGUGGGUACAUGUAUUCACUAGGAAGUAUGCAGUGCUUGUAAAUCAGCCAACACAAUUUAAACCAAUUAGUGCAGUGAAUGAACUAUAGGUGCCGUUUUGUCCCUAACACCACUUGUUUCACACAUUAGGACUGCGUUUCCGGUUUAGUUCAUUUUGGAUGUGUGUACGUAAGUUUACCAAUAUGAAGAAACAAAACACAAGUAGCUAGCAUCUAGACUUUCCGGUCAAGGUAGGCAUGACUCUCCGAAACCCCCUCCCUGUCGACCCACCCGAGCGCAACAAACAUAUUUUGGUUUUGUGCGUGAGAAAUUAUGCAAAGCAGGCUCUGUAAUAUUUACAAAGCCACACCGUAACCAUACCUACCACGUUGAAGCCGCACCGCGCCUACCUUGAUUCUGUAACUGAGGAUGUGAACUACCUUUAAAACCACAAACAGAUGUACACGAGCAAAGCUAACCUGAUGCAUGUUGCGAGCGAUACAAACAACAUGAGUAACAAAUGGAGAGUGGUGGUGAACAUGUUUAACAAACAAACAAACACAAACAAAACAAACAAACAAACAAACAAAACAGAGCAUCUAACCAGUGUUACGUCAAGUUAUUAUGAAAACAAACAAAUAAACCAACAAAAAAUACCUACACAAGUGACAAAAGUUUGAAAUAUACAAAUAUAAGUAGGAGCAGAUGAGUUAGGCAGUCUCAGAGGCAAAUAGGAAGCUGGAUUUUUUGAAGAGAUUACAAAAUAUACGGAGUUUAGCAGAGGUGUUAGAUAAGAGAUAAACAACAGACGGUGUAUAAAAGUUGCAUGUUUAGAUGGUUAAAAAAAGGGAACCUUUUCUGAGCAUUGUUUCUAGUUUUGUUCAUAGCUUUCUGAAAUAUAUAAAAUGCAAGGCAGAGGAAAAAACAACAUAAUGUCAUAAUUUGCUCAAGCCGACUGCAUAACAACUGAGAAAAAAAACCCGGUCACUACCAUUUUGGACUAAGACUUUGCUCCGUUCGAAGCAGAUCAUUCAAUAUUUUGUUUUUGUGCCCCCCUCAUUAAUAGUAACAAAUAAUAGUAACAACGUAGGUGAAAGUAAACAUAAAACCAGCGGCAGCGAAGCAAGAUAAACGAAACUGAAAAUAAAAAUAAUGACUGAUUUAGUUUUCUAAACCCAACCUCGUAGCGAGAAGAAAUACGAAAACACACACACACAUACAAACAUACAUACACACAAAUAUUGAUUCCUAUCUCUGAUUGAAUGAGAACCAUUUCCAAACUUUAGGUGCCAUUUUAUAUACAGCGCAUUUUUAUACACUGGCCACGUUUAAAGUAGCAAAUCCUAUUUUUUCCCAACAAGCAAAAAAAAAAAAUUAACGAAAAUCCCUUCCCGUUUCGUUGAGUAUCAUCUUUAACCCGAUAUUCGGAUCGGAGUGGGAGAAAACCGGAUGGAAAAACAAACACACACACUAUAUUGAUUCGCUUUUUGCGUAGAAAACAUAAAAUUUCCAAAUAAACAGAAAGGGCGGACAGAUCCCUUCAGAAUGGUCUCUGCCACACCCACAAAAACCAAGUGAAUUACAUAAGAAAACCCAGUGAAGUAGUUCUUAGUUUGUAAGACGAGUUAAAAAAAGGCAGAGAAAGCAAACACAAGCCGAUAAGUUGUAUGAUAUGAAUUAUAAUUUUCUACCUCAUUUAUUUAGUAACUUUUUUUAUGUGGAAUAAUAUAAAAAAACGAAUGAAAAAUACAAAAAAAACACACACCAUGUGAGAAAAAAAUAUUUUUAAGUCACAAAUGAAAAGAAGGAAAAAAAAACAUUUACUAUUAAAACGAUACUAUUAAGGUAAGAAUUCUCAAAAAGAGGAGAGAGUAAACCGUUCGAACGUUUUCAGUUCAACGAACGAAAAGCGAUGAUUUGUUUCCACCCGUUCAGUGAGAUUACGUUCUGUAACCACCACCAAUAAACCAAACCAAACAACAAACAAACACACACAACUAGAAAUGUACCAACCACAACUGUGAAUUCGGCGAAACGAAGCAAAAAUUUGGAACGCACCAACAAAACCCAAAACUGUGGUCAUCGCGAACAACAAUUGCAGUCAAACAAUGUGAAAGCACUGAGUUAAGAAAGAAUAAAAAUGGGAACCCAGAAACACAUUGAAAGGGAUAAAUAAAUAUAUUUUGAGAAAAACUUUAAAAUUAAGCAAAGUAAGAACGAAAGAAAAUCUUUCCAAAAUCGGAACGGCGCGCGACGAUGAGAACUAAAAAUUUGUGAUCAAUUGCUUGGCAGUUACUAAAUUAACAAUUGGAAGAAAAGAUUUUAAAAGAAGAAAUUAUCUUAAGAAGAAACAUUGUUAGGAUAAGCUAACAAAAACUAAAACAGCUACUAUUUGAGGUUUUUUUACGGGCUACAUUUCGGUUGUCAUAAGGUAUUCAGUUUGGGUUUUGCGUUACAUCUCUAUGAACUAACUAAAAAAAUGAUUAAUCACACGUAAGUCGAACUGAACGCAAACGAUGAGAAAUGAUGAAA